AUGAUCGUUGAGCCCCCGCGAUCUCGAACUGUACUCGAGCAUGCUUUGUUGCGAGAACCACAUGCAUGGCAAGCAGACAUGCUCAGGGGAAAACACACAACUGGACGGGCUCAAGAAGAGUUUCUGUUGGCUCUUUCUAUCGUUCGCGAUCUGGCCGUAGAUCAGGGAACAGCUUUACGCGCUCUGGCAGAAGCUACCGCUGUCUAUGCAGACCUCAUCGCCAGCCGGACUGACUACAAGCAAAAUGCUCUUGGCAGUGCGCAAAUCCAAGUGAUGUGCCUGGUGCAUGCAUCAGAGUCUUUCGAAUCUCUUGCAGAAUCGCAGAUUCAGCUUGCCAGUAGCAUGGCAAAAGCAUUUGAGCCGGCCAACAAGCUUGUGUCCAAGUAUUUCAACGAUUUGGCCAAUGCAGAGAGGGUCUUGGAGGACAAGUGCGAUCUGGAGCACAAGCGAGUGGAAAGAUCAAGGGCAAAAGGGGUCAUUGCAGAGGCCAAACAAAAUCUUUUGCUACUCAAGCAAGAUCACCUCCACUUCUUCUCCGCCAGGCUUGCUGAGGUGGACCUGAUCCUGACUCGAAGUAGUGCUACUGUUGCGUCCAGGCUCUACACAAAUCUCUCAGAUGCUAUGCAGAAGGCAGGAGCAGCCAAUGGCCUGACCGGGCUGGAAAAAUGGAGCCUUUUUCUAGAUAGCAUGCAAAGCAAGCGACAACAAACCAAACACUGCUCGCUUGGUCCAGCUGAUCUUGGUGGUGACAAGGAUACAGACCGGAUCAUGUCUUUGAAGCAAUUCAUCAAUGAGGAGCGAAAAGUGGCUCAGGACUUGCCCAUCACUCGAUGGCGAAGUUCCAUCGUUGGCCAUUUGGAACGGAUCGCCAGCGAUGACUCUGUUGCAAGGGACGGCGAAUCGACCAUGUCUACCUUUGAGCCAGUCGUUAGGCCUGGACCGGACCUGACUGUGGAACAUGAAUCGAAUGCACCUGCUGUUCACUCAGCCAGCGCGUCCAUCAAUCAAGUCGACGGCGAUACGUCCACGACUCGCAGUGCACGGCGACGUGCCAAGAUGCGCGCAUCGCGUCUGGACUCGGAUGUUUUGCCUGAGGCAGAAGAGGAUGCCUCGGAGUCUGGUCAGUUGGAUGGGUUGAAGCAGAUGCAAGAAAUGGUCCCCGACAUCCAGUUCUCAGGUUCAGCCAAUGCUUCGCGAGCCUCUUUGCCGAUUCCAUCCGUCACUAAAUCACUGGCCAAGAAACACAUGAGUAUGAGUGCUAUGAGUUACGUUCAAAACAGCAGCGAGUCUCUUGACCUCGCCAAAGUACCUUCGAUGCCAGCUACAUCACCAGACAAGCGCCGACAGAGUCAGCACCCUCCGCCAUUGGUGCCAACGCCAAGCUUCUCCCAACGAGAUCUGCCCAAAUUUGCCCCGCAGUCGCGUCAAGUAGAAGAGCAUGCAGAUGGCCAACAGUCGCCUACAUCUGUGCAGAACAGGCAAGCAUCUCCCAGUAGCAAGCAUCGAAAGCGACUGAGUAAGUUCCCCGGAGGUCUCAAGCUCUACCGACUCUUUACCAGACCCAGUGGUCGAAUGAAGAAGGAACGUCGUCAAAGCAUCUUCGGGCGAAAAGUCGUUCAAUCGCCUGACUCUGGCACUGAACCAUUACCCUAUCAUCGCUCGGCUCAUGCUGACGCCAGUGCAAGCACGACUACUCUUGAUGGAUUUCUCUCGUUUCAGCACUUGCGACAACAAACAUCCAAGCCUCAAACCGCUCAUGGUGAUUCGUCGAGACGCAUCAGCAUGCUGCCAAUCAGUCCGCCACGGCCAGUCAGUGCAACAGCUGCUCAACCAAGGUCAAGGCUUUCCCUCGCAGUUGACACUGAGGAUCAUGGCGAAACGCAGUGGGUGACGAAGAAGAUUAUGAAGAAGCAGGAUGCAAGUCUUCGCAGUUUUUCAUCUGCAUCAAUCAAGCGCGUGUCUGGAGCGACGAAGCAGGAGGAAGAUACAGGCAAGCUGGGAAGUCCACUCGUUCAGACGACUAUUCGCCAGUGCAAUGCAUCAACGCCAAGCGACUCGACUGGCUUGAUCGAGGCGAUGACCAAUAGGAGUGAGACUGGUGUGGUGGAUAUUGUGCUGGCAGCAGACAGUGCUCCCCAGCAAGACGUCACUGACGAGGCCAAAGAACCAGAACCAGAUUCGAGUCGUGUCAGUCCAAAGCCAUCGGAUGGCGAAAAGAAGACACCGGCAGGAAGCGUCAGAUCUGUGGACACGAAGCCUUUGCCAAAGACGACCGGCCUGACGCCUGCUCCAAGUCCAAACAUUCAGGCCUAUCAACCAGGUCCGAAUCGCUUCUAA